AUGUUCACCUGCCAGAAGCUGCAGCAGGAGCUCCGCGAUCUGCGGCACGAGCUUGACUCGGAGGCGAUCAUCCAUCGGUCCAAAGCAGCGGCGCAGGAGGUGCUCCUGGCAGCUGAAAGGACGGAGCGGCAGAAGUUGGAGGAAAGACCAGGUCUUAACAAGCAGAUGACCGGCAACGUCCCGCAACAGAAACGUGGUUCUGGCGAUUCUAGCGGACAUGUACGGCAGCUUGGAGUCACGGGCCGCUGA